AUGAAUGAAGAUAUUAUCAUGGAGAGGGAAGAUUUAAUGCUUUCACCUGCUGGUGACAGUGAACCAACUCUCAGAACUGCACAUUUUCUCAAACCAAUUGCAAACUCCAUGAAUGUACCAGUUUUUCAGUUUACAUCAUCAUCACCAUCUUCUAUUUUUGAACCAAAGGAGCUUCCUUUGAAAAUCCAUUUCAGUGGGUGGCGCUACUCAACACACAAAUGGGUUUGUUGGGUUAAUCAGCUUACACAAAAGUAUGAAUCAGUAUGGAAGAAAGCUGGAAUCUUUGAAGCUAUAAUGAGCUCUAAGUCGUGCUGCAUACUUAAAAAUCAGGACUUGCUAUAUGGGGUUGUGGAGAAAUGGUGUUGUGAGACAAACACCUUUGUGUUUCCCUUUGGUGAAGCAACUAUUACUUUAGAGGAUAUCAUGGUCUUAGGGGGUUACCCUAUUCUUGGCGAUCCUGUUUUUACUUCACUUGGAGAUCAAAAAAUGAAAGACAUUGAAAAGAAGCUCAACAUUGCAAGAAAGGAACUUUAUAAGAGUAAAACAGGUAAGCCUAGAGCACCAUUAUGGAUGGAUAUUUUCAUUGAUAAAGAUAGUGAAAUUGAACAUGAAGCAUUCCUUGCUACUUGGUUGUCUGUUUUUGUUUUUCCUCAUAAUAGUAUGUUGGUGAAAAGUUCUAUGUUUCCUCUUGCUAUUCAUCUUGCUAGAGGGAAUCUUGUUGCUUUGGCACCGGCUGUUUUGGCUAGCUUAUAUAAAGAUUUAAGUUUGUUUAAGAAAACAGUAGUUGAUUUGAAAAAAUAUCAUCCUGAUGGUGGUGGUGAUAUACUUCCUUUAAAAAUUACUCUUGAAUCACCCUUUUAUUUGGUUCAAAUUUGGGUGUGGGAGAGGUUCAAAAAUUUACAACCACAACCCAUGUUGAUCAACCAUGGAGAUCCUUUAUUGCUUAGGUGGCAUAAGGUCCAGGCCAUGAAAGUUGACAAUGUGAGGUUGGCAUUAGACUCGGCUAUAGAUGAUUUUCGUUGGCGUCCGUAUGUUAGAUAUGCUGAUAAGUGUGGAAUGUUUUAUCCAAAUGGUGAAUUUUGGGUACCAUUUAAGAAAGAUUUAGAUAAAGAAAUGCUCUCAUUUGUUACAUGUAUGAGAGAUUCUGAGUUAGUUGGAUUUGACUCUGUAGAGCAAUAUCUCCCUCAUAGAGUUUCUAUGCAAUUUGGAAUGGAUCAAGAUGUUCCUGGUUAUGUGCCUAGAUUCAAUGAGACUAAAGAGAUUGCUUGGAAAAACUACUGCAGGCCCAUAUCUGAUAGCAAUUUGUAUUUUCCAUCAAGAUUUUUUGAGGCAGAUGUUACUAUGGGUUACGCAAAGUGGUGGAGGCAAUCGGCAUUGGACCGUGAGGACUUUGUUAAGAACAUUGUGAAGCGGAAGAGAAGUGCUACUUCAAGGAAACAUAGACCUCAUGCAGGAACAUUUAGCAAAAGUGGUGUUCAUCUUGGAUUUCCUUCCGUAUCUGUGGAGGAAUGUGAGCCUGUCUCGAAAGAGUACAACUGUGGUGGCAUAAUCUAUGAACAUAAACAUUUCGAGAAAGAUUUGAAAGAUGAAAAUGGGAUCAAAGAAGCAAAGGUGUCUGGUGACAUAAUCGUUUUAUCUGAUAGUGAAGAUAAAAGCAAAAGCUAUGCUAUCAGAAACAAAGUCUCUUUGUAUGGUGACAUAAUACCAUCAAAUAUUGGUGGUGAAUUAUCUGAAUGGGGGGUUGAAGAUGAAAUCAAGAGUCCAUUUAGUGAAAUAAAUGUAAAUGAAAUCAACAAGGAAAGUGUUAGGUCCUUUACAUUAGACAAUGAAUUUGAUCUUGAAAAUAGGAUUCAGAAGCUUGAAAGAGUGAUUUCUAAGCUUAAAGAAGCAAGAUUUGGCCACAAGGUAGAAAUUGUUUAA